AUGAGCGAUGCGAAAGGGUCAAGAAUUCCGAUGGAUCCCGGCUACAUACAACAAAAGGAGGAGACUGAGGAUCUUCCCAAUUCCGACCAAUAUCAGAGCCUCGUUGGAAGUUUGCUGUAUCUAGCGGUGAACACGCGGCCAGACCUCGGGAUUUGCGCAUCGAUUCUUGGGAGGAAGGUGUCAAAACCAACCAAGGCGGACUGGACGGAGGCAAAGCGAGCCCUGCGGUACCUCAAGGAAACUGUGGAACUCAAGCUUCAUCUGGGAGGUGGCUCAGGUGAAUUAGAAGGAUAUGCCGACGCAGACUGGGCAAGCACGGUACAAGACCGGAAAUCCAACUCAGGUUACCUGUUCCGACUCGGUGGCGGUACCAUUCUGUGGGGAGCCAAGAAACAAACAUGCGUGGCUCUUUCUUCAACCGAAGCGGAAUACAUAUCCCUUGCUCAAGGCUGCCAGGAACUACUGUGGUUGCGGAAGCUGCUUCUAGAUUUCGGGGAAUCGGUAAAAGGUCCAACUCGAAUGAAGGAAGACAAUCAGAGUUGCAUCAAAUUGGUAACCGGAAGUAGCGGAAAAAGGUCCAAGCACGUGGAAACCAAGUACCACUUCAUAAAGAACUUGGCGGAACGAAAGGUGAUCUCUCUUGAGUAUUGCCCAACAGAACUGAUGCUGGCGGACAUCUUGACGAAACCGUUGAACCGUGUCCGUUUGGAACAACUACGAGCGAAGAUGGGACUCCAACCAACAUGUGCUGAGGAGGAGUGA